UACAACAAUUUGGACCCAGAAACCAUUGGCCCACACAUACACAAACAUGCACUCACAUACACACACACACACACACAAACAUACACUCACAUACAUACACACACACAUAAAUAGAUUUUAAAAAUAUAUAUAUACAUAAAAUAAGGAAUGUAUAAAAUUCACCACCCACCCAAACACCACGCCUCACGCCCCUCAAAGUAAUUAUUCUGCAACGUCUCCUACAGGUCGUGGUACAGCGGCUGGUGGGGCUGCCAGAAGGAGAUUGAGUACAGACGCAAGCCCGACCCCAUUCACCACUACGCCCUCGCUGUUGCGUCUCUCCUGGUGAUCCUGAUUGCAGCUCUCGUGGCCACGGCGCUUCCAGCGAGGUUAUGGCAGCUGUGGAUCGCCGUGGCCCUGUGCGCGGGCGUCGUCCUCCUGGUGGCCCAGUGGUCGUGGUCGUGUGGCCGUAAGACCGUCAUACGCAAGUGGUGGGCCAGAAUUGUCACGUCUGCCUGCGUGGUGAUAGCUGGUACACUUCUGGCCUUGUCGUGGAUAGUUGUUCCAGAAUCAGCUGGGGAGCAAAUGACGAUCGAAUCGCUGCCGCUCACCGUGAACACUUCCCUGCCAAUCUUGACGCCGCCUGAACGUGUGCUACAGAACGCUGAGCUAUGGGUAUGGGCAUGCCUGAUCUCCAUCGGCGUGGCGGCUGUCUUCCCCCGCAUCGGCGUCCUCACCAAGCUCUUCGUCAUGCUGUCGGUCACGGGCGCCCACGUCUUCGCCUUCUUGCACUCCGAGAACCACCUCCUGCUGCCGUUCCUGACGCAUACGUACAUGAACUUGCCCAGCGUCUCGUGGUGGGCUGUAAUGGGCGUCCAAGCUAUGAUGCUGAUGGGUGUCCUCGGCGUGUUGGGCGGCCAAAGCGAGGCCAAGGCGCGGGCACAGCACACGUGGGCGUACCAGGUUAUGGAAGAGCAGGAAAAAGUGGACCGGAUGAAGAACGUUAACAAGAUACUCCUGGAGAACAUCCUGCCGGUGCAUCUGGUGGAUCGGUUUAUUUGCGAUACGCCCAAGGAACUCUACCACGAACGAUACAGCAGCGUGGGUGUCAUGUUCGCCUCUAUCCCCAACUACAAGGAGUUUUAUGAUGAAACCGACGUCAACAAACAAGGCCUCGAGUGUUUACGUUUGCUGAACGAGAUUAUUUACGACUAUGAUGAGCUGUUGGCGAAGCCGAAAUUUAGCGUCAUAGAAAAAAUCAAGACCAUUGGUAGCACGUACAUGGUGGCAGCUGGUCUUCAUCCGGGCAAGGAGAAUGCGAGAGACAGGACAGAAUACUGUUUAGUUCUGCUCGUGGAGUUUGCGCUGGCCAUGGCGGCUGCGCUUGACUCCAUUAACAGGGAGAGCUUUCAGAACUUCAAACUGCGCGUUGGCCUAGCACACGGCCCCGUCAUCGCUGGCGUCGUGGGCGCUCAGAAGCCGCAGUACGACAUCUGGGGGAACACUGUGAACGUUGCCUCGAGGAUGGAUUCCACCGGCGUCAUGGGCAGAAUACAGGUCACUGAGGAGACGGCAGCCAUCUUCCAAGGAGCCGGCUGGAAGUGCGAGUGUCGGGGGCCGCGCGCCAUCAAGGGCAAAGGCACCUUGGUUACCUACCUGGUGACGACACCCCAGGACCCGCCCGCCUCGGAGCUCCGCAGCGCAGCUUCUGCCUACGCCCUGAGACCUGAAGAAGGUGCUCUGCUCCGCCGACCUACAGCUGCAUCAGUCAGAGACGUGCUCACUGUAGGAUCGAAUCCCCUUCCCCCAAGGCCUCCCCAGAAGGAUCCUUCUCCCGUUCCUGCAGGAGGAUCGGGUUCCAGCGCUCAGAGGGCGUCGGAGGCAGUCCCCAUCCAGAAGAUCCUUGUGACGGCCAAGAACAUCGACGUGAGGAGCGGGAACGUGAGCGACGCGGUGAGCAGCAUGGCCCUUCGAGACAACGAGGACGCUCCGUCGGGGGCAGGAAAGGCCACGGCAGGAGGGCCUUCUGAGACAUCCCCCGUGGAAGCCAACAUCGCUAGGGGCGCCCGGAGGUCUCGAGGGAGUCAGUGUUUCGAAGAGCAACAAGGAACCACUGCAAAUCCGUCUUUGUCAAAUCCCAACAGGCAGGCGUAUGCGACUAACACUUCCGACGGCGUUUCCUCGACUAAAGCGAACUUGACACGUGUGAAUAAUUCUCAUCCGGUGACAAAACAGGCAACAGAAACGCAUUCUUCCGCGCCAGAUAAUUCAGUGCAGCCCGCUUUAGCCAAAGACAGCACAGCAGAAAGCACCACAGCGAACCUGAACAGAAUGUCAUUUGAGAGACAAACCAAUUCUAAGCAUGAGAAAAAGGCUGCGGACUCCUUUGUUUUAUUAGAUACGAGAGACUUCACGCAACCUUCUCUCACUUACAUUGACGAGUGCAGUGAAAUAAAAGAAAAUGGCAUAGAAACCAAAUUCCAGGGAGAACUUUCGGAAAAUAUGAGUAUCUAUGAAAAUCCGACAGAUGGCGUGCAGCAACCCGCGGUCACGAACAAAAAUGCUACCAAAUACGAAGCUAUGCAAAAGAGAAAUGGCCAUUCAGGGGCCAGUGUGGAAGACAUUAGCGAAACCCAAGGAGGCCACAACGCUUAUCCGGGAAAGUCCACUCCUUCGGAAAGAGCGUCCCUCUUGCCGAAGAUAACGAGAGGAAAAUCCGUAGAAAUCUUUUCCUCGGCAGAGAACAACAGAACCACCGGGGACGCAACGAAGAGGAGAAUCUCGGUGGCUAACUGUGUGAGCGAAGCUAAGAUAAGUCUUACGAACUAUGGCGAAUGUCGUGAAAAUGGUUCAAAGGGCAGAGACGGCGCCGUGAGUGAAGGCUCGGUCACCAAAGCGUCCCAUGUGCUAGCAAGCGACAUUAUUCUCAGGAAGAAAAACCAAGUCUUUGUGUAAUGGCAGGUGACAUUCAUUAAGAAGAGUAAAUAUAUAUAUUUUUAAAUGACAAUAAAUAAUAAAGACUCGCAGGUUUGCUGUGAUGGUUUGGGAAGCAUCAGGAACAUUCCCCAAAGAAAGAGAAAAUGGAGAAGAGAAAACACUGUGAGCGAAAAAAAAAUAUAUAUUCUCUUAUUUGCAAAUCAGAUAGUUUUAAACCCUCGAACUUCCUAUGAUAGAUAAACAGCAUACUACUAACGAAGAAGAGGCUUGAGGUUUCCACAAACUGAGUAGACAUAUUCUAUAGACAUUCAGCAAGACGUAAUUAAGAAUCCGUACACACACACACACACACACACACACACACACACACACACACACACACACACACACACACACACACACACACACACACACACGAGGGUCUAAAUCGUUUUACUCUGAAUAUCAGCAAAAUACGUAAGUGUUUUUUGAGAAAAAGUUGGUGAUGCAAAUCAGGAGCAAAACUGUUUCCUGCAACUUUCCUUGUUGUUAUACAUAUCAGUUCUGGGAAUGGCCUAAUUGGUGUUUGUUAGAUAAAGUAUUAGCCCUUGGCAACAUAGUGACUACAGAGACCACGCGGCAGGACUUUCGAACAAAUGAAUAAAGACAGUAUGCAAACCUUGGAUCCUUUUUCUAAUAGUAGCAAAUUUCAUGUUCGCAUUAUGUACAUAGCCUGGGUGUCCAAAAAUAAAUGUGAUAUUAUAAUUCAGUAUAACUGUGUGCAAGUUUGAAAGAUGAUUGUGAUUUGUGGUUUUAAGCUACAAACUUGCAGUUCAGAAACACUGGAAGAAAGAAAUUUUACUUUUAGAUAUACUGAAAUGGUGACACACUGUCUUCCUUACAAUAUAUAUAUACAUGUAUAUAUGUGUAUAUAUGUAUAUGUAUAUAUAUAUGUAUAUAAGUUAUUUGUACUUGUGCGUGUAUUUUGUUCAUUUUAUUAACCUGUUUUAGUGUAUUCAUAUACAAAAAUGUGAUACCCUACUCGAUACCAUGCUAAUCAUCAGGAUUAUUUAUUGUAUUGUACUCCAUAAUUGAUAUUGACUUUGUUGUUCUCUUUAUCAUGCCAUAUGAAAAAAAGGUCACAUUAGACUUAGAAAUGACACUUGGAUGAAUUAGUUGAUAAGAUAAGUAAACUGUAUUAGGGAACGAAUGCACAAAUUGGGUAUAAGCAAUGACGAUAUGGUAUUACUUGUAUGAAAGUAUAGGCGCGCGCGCACGCGCGUGUAUGUAUGUUUGUGAUAUAGAGAGAAGAUAUAUUGUCAUUUCACAAAACCAAAAAAGUUAGAGAAAUAUUGUGAUUCUUAUACAGAACUCGGUUACGCACGCGACAUGGGUUGGUGUGUGCAGGGUAGGCUGUAUCUUCGCAGUGUAAGUAUACAGAGCUGUGUCUACACUGUAUGAAUGUGUCUUAUAUCUCAACACAGCUCGGAGCUUGAGAAGGAAUCUUUUUUUCCCACUAUUUCUUCUAUUUUUAUGCCUCAUAUCUUCUAUUUUUUGAACACUCUAUUUUCUACAAACUAUAGAACCACAUAGUGUUAUUAUAUUAGAUAAAAAGAGGAUAAAAAGUAUGUCACUUUAGGUACAUAAAUCUCUGGAGACUUUUGUGCAUACAUGUACUACAUGGACAAGUAUCUGUAAAAGAAAAAUGAAUCCGUGUACUUGCUGUUUAUAUAUGUAAGUAUAUGCUUGUGUAUAGUAAGGUGUGUGUGUGUGUGAU